AUGGCGCCCGCAAAGCCAGUCCUGCCUCCCCUGAAAACCCCAAAGAAUUCUACAUUCCCCUCGGAGAUUCACGAUGGUGGCCCAGGAGCUGGCCCCCAUUCAGCCAACAUGCUGAAAAGUCCAGAGGGCCAGUCCACUCCCAUCACCCCGCCGGUAGCCUACACGGAGUUCCUCAAGGCUCUCACCCCGGUCUUCUCCCCACUGAGCGCAGGCGCCAGCUUCCCUAGUCUCCAGAUCGAGAGGACCAGAGAUGGCAACAGCAGCAACGCUACUACCUGGUCGGCAUCGCAGCCAAGCAGCGCGGUCAGCGGAUCAUUCUCGCUCGGCUCGGGGUCCUUGAGAUCCGUCACGUCUCCCCUGCCCCCUCCAACCCCAUGCACUGCUCCUCUUCCUGCUGGCGCCGGCAAUGACAAGAGCCGUGGCCGCGGUUUGCGGCAUCUACGCAUCCCGCCCUCCCUGAAGUUGAGUCCCACAGCAGUAGACUCUCCCAGAAGUGCAACGAGUAUUCGGUCCCCGUUUUCGCCAUCGACUUGGAAACUGCGGUAUUCGGACAGUCCGUGGAGCGCUGGACCAACACCUGUGAGUGUGCGACAGGUCAUUACGCGGACGGUUACCUUUAAACGUACCCAGCUUGAGGCGCCUCCGAAGGGGAAGCGGAGGAAAUGUCCGAAAAGAGAGGAUUCAGAGGAUCCUUCGAAGGAGAAUAUUCCCAAGUCUUAG